GGGGCCGUCGGGUACAGAGGCGAGGGGACUACAGGACACCGCUGCCCGUACCUCUGCCGGACCUCCACAACAGCAACAAGAGCUGCGCAAACUGCCUCGGAUAUCUCCUCGUUGACCUACCUCACCGCCGCCAGUUUUACCUCCGGAUAUCGCUCUACUCGGACAUUAGCUGCAAGUUCACACUCGUGACAGCUCGUUUUUAGCAUGAAUGUGUCGCGGCUGCGUUUUGCUGCCGUGUGUCUGUGAACUGGAGCGGACGGAGCACCGACUGGACCUUUUUUUGACUUUCCGGUGAAGAACAGUCAUUGACAGCAUGCAGGGAUAUAAGGACAAACAGCAUGACAUUACGGAGCAGUCUGUCCAUUAAAUACACUGUGCGCGCGGCUUGCUACAGAGCUUAUAUGAUCGUUACAUAAUAUCAUUUUAGCUAACGUUACUUUGAAAACAGCGAAAACACUGCUAACGAUAGCGACGUAGUAUCCGACGGUGGAAGUAGACGAUAUAAUAAACUAUGAAGAUAAUACACGCCACAUGUGUGUCGUUAUAGUUUGACUUUUACUCUUUUUAGUAUUUUAAAGUGACUCCACUAGCACAUUUAAAUUGGCACUUGCAGCAUUAAGGCUGAACGCUUUUUGUCGCCUUCGCUCGUGCAAAAACGACAUAACGGACGCCAAAGUUUGACAGUAAACUUCUCCAAGGGCUGAAAGGUCACCGGGACCGCUCAUCCCCUUUCUCUCCUCCUCCUGCUCCUCUUCCUCCUCCUCCUCCUCCUCCUCCCAUCAGUCUGUCAUGAAGAUGUGAACUCUUACCUCCCUCCCUUCCUCUUUCUCUCUCCGCCGUCCAGGACACUUUGAUCUUUUUUUUCUCCUCUAUUCGGUACAAAGAGAUCAAAGGCUGCUCGCGAUUCUCGCGGGAUGUACGAAAGCGUGGAUGUUGUGGGUCUCAGCCCCAGCCCCAGCAGCCCCAGCCCGGGCUCUUUCCUCAGCAUGGACUACUACCACAGACCCCCGGGGCUCGGGCAGGAGAAGGGACUCCUGUCCGGGGUAGGAGGACUCCAGCGUCCGUUCGGAGGAUCCCUGGUGACCGUGAGACACUGGAGCGGAUCCAGCCACUCUAUAGAGACUGAGAGCACGAGUUCAGGAGAGGAUCUGCUUGUCCCCAGCCCUCCCUCGCCUCCACCUCCGCCCCGUGUCUACAAGCCCUGCUUCGUAUGUCAGGACAAAUCUUCAGGAUACCAUUAUGGAGUCAGUGCCUGCGAGGGUUGCAAGGGUUUUUUUCGGAGGAGCAUCCAGAAGAACAUGGUGUACACGUGCCACCGAGACAAAGUCUGUGUCAUAAACAAGGUGACGAGGAACCGGUGUCAGUCCUGUCGACUGCAGAAAUGCCUAGAAGUCGGAAUGUCCAAGGAGUUGGUGCGAAAUGACAGAAUGAAGAAAAAGAAGGAAGAGAAGCGGCAGGUGGAGACAGAGAUCUACGUCCUGUCAGCAGACACAGAGCAGAUGAUUGAACGAGUCCGUCAGGCCCAUCAGGACACAUUUCCCUCCCUCUGUCAGCUGGGAAAAUACACCACGAGCAACAGCUCAGAGCACCGCGUCGCCCUGGAUGUCAGUCUUUGGGACAAGUUCAGCGAAUUGUCCACCAAAUGCAUUAUAAAGACAGUGGAGUUCGCCAAGCAGCUCCCUGGUUUCACAACGUUAACCAUCGCUGAUCAGAUCACCCUGCUCAAAGCCGCCUGCCUCGACAUAUUGAUUCUAAGGAUCUGCACACGCUACACUCCGGACCAGGACACCAUGACCUUCUCCGAUGGUUUGACUCUGAACCGCACCCAGAUGCACAACGCCGGGUUCGGACCUCUCACUGACCUGGUGUUCUCCUUCGCCAACCAGCUGCUCCCAUUAGAGAUGGAUGAUGCAGAGACAGGAUUACUCAGCGCCAUCUGUCUGCUCUGUGGAGAUCGUCAGGAUCUGGAGGAGUCAGAGAAGGUGGAUAUUCUUCAGGAACCAAUGCUUGAAGCCUUAAAGAUAUAUGUGAGGAGAAGGAGGCCUGAGAAACCUUGUAUGUUCCCCAAAAUACUGAUGAAGAUUACUGACCUCAGGAGUAUCAGUGUGAAGGGAGCAGAGCGAGUGAUCACACUGAAAAUGGAAAUACCGGGCUCCAUGCCUCCUCUCAUCCAGGAGAUGCUGGAGAACUCGGAGGGACUAGAGGGGCAUGGAGCCGGGGGAGGGAAAGGGGGAGGAGGAGGAGGAGGAAAAGCAAAAAAAGGAGGCAGAGAAGAGGAUGAAUCAGAACUCGGCAGCUGUCAUCCAAGUCCGUCGCCCAAAUCUGUUCCCUCUCAUAGCCCCAGCCCGAGUCCGGCGCCCUGCUCCCCCUCUUCUCCCUCCCCCUCCACCUGAAGUUCUACACACCUCUGCUCAGCGGAAAAGCAUCCACACAGCAGACUGAAAGCAGAAAGAAACUGCAGCUAAUAACACAUGAUGUGGAGGACAAAAAGCCUGAAUGUUUGAACCCAGAAAAUGGUCACUGGCGACAUGUUUUGUCCGUGGUAUUAAUUUAUGUGUGCCAGGAAGGAGGACAAAUAUCUAGGUGGUAGAUAUGUUGAUUUUAUACAUUAAAUGCCUUUUUAUGAUGCCGUAAAGGCUGAUUAUAUGCAGACUGUGUGAACCUAAAUGAAGGAUUAUGGAGAUAAUAAAAUGUGUACAGACUGACGAAGAGGAUUCCUCUUUAAUCACACAUUUCUUCUUUUAAGAAAAGUCAUGUAAAAUAUGCAAAAUCACUGUGUAAUAUAUUGUACAUAGAAAAGACUGUGAAAGAAGACAGAGACGGACUUAUAUAAGAAGUUAUUUUCAAGAAGUUAUUUUCCUAAAUGUACAUGUGUAUAUACUGCGUUUCCUCAGCUGUAAAUAGUUGUUUUUUCAUCCUCUGUCCACCAUUAUCACCCCAUCACACACACAUACUGCAUUUAAUCCUCUGCUUUCCAUCCCCUCAAAGACACAGCAGGGAACAAUUACUACUCCUCGUUCGGUUUUCAGAUGCAGCUUCAGCAACUUCAACAAACUGUGAAACAUCAUUUCAUUUAAAGUCAUACAACACACUGCUCACAAAACUUUCCCCAUGUGGUGACAAACCCCCACUGUGGCACACGAGCUUUUGAGCUCUGCUGAAUUUUAAUGUCAUUAAGGUGAUAUGGAGAUGUCCGUGGUGACAGGCGAAGAUGUACAGGCAGGCCGUUUGUUAAUAUUUUGUUUCUUCUAAGUAUGUUUACAUAGUGCCACUGUUUGUUUCACUACAGCGUCCUUACUGUCAGGUACAAAUGUCCAUUUUCAGUGUUGUCGUCUUCUAUGUAUGGUCAGGUAAAACUCAUUGCAAAUUAAAAAAAUACAAGGAGUUCAAUAAAAAAGUGAGACUUUCAUCUUC